GUCUUCCGUAUGUCUUCACUCACACCAUCUCCAUCCUCGACACCGUCUGCGACGUCACGUAAGGCAUCCACUGCCACUCAGUCGCGCAACCCGGUGUCCUUGCGUCUAUACAAGGUCCUUGGCACCAACUUUGACGAUGAAGCGACCAAGGAGGCGCUACGCACGCUCUCUGACUUGUACGCAACUCCAUCCAGUGGAAAGGGAAAAGCAGUCCAAAGAGACGACGAGGAGCUCGACGGUGACGAUGAAGAGAGCAGAUUAUGCCCUAAGGAUGCUGUAGAGCUUCCCUUAGGUGAGUCGGCUGCUCGCGCGCGACGAAACCUCAGGAAGGACAUGGAGCAGAAGCUGGCUGAAGGGAGUCGCCAUUUUCUAACAGCCUUUGGAGAGGUCGACCAGAAACUUGGCGAACUCCAAAAACACGUCGACGCCAUGCAUGCCAGCCUCGACGACGCUGAAAGGCAGCUGCAAUUGACAAGCGAGGCCAGUUCGUCUCUGCUUGAAAAGGCCGGAAAUCUCAGGCAAGAGAGGCAGGAAGUAGAAGUCAAGAAGUCUGUCGUCGAAUUGUUUCUCGCACGCUUUGCUCUCUGCGAGGAGGAAAUAGAAGCAAUGACUUCACGCGGCGUUCCGCUGGGUCAGCGAUUCUUUGACGCCAUGGAUAGAACAGAGAAAAUCCGAGAUGACUGCCGUGUACUCAUGGCAGGCGAAGAAGGGCCCACCAAAGCUGGCCUGGAAAUCAUGUCCUCAACUUUAUCUUACCUGGAACAAGGCUACGAAAAGAUAGCUCGCUGGUGUUCAUACGAGUUCCGACAAAUAGGCCGCGAUGCACAUUUGGAAGUAACACCAACUAUGCGAGAAGCCGUGCGACGACUACGUCAAAGACAAGAAUUGCUCACUGAGGCUCUUUCUGAGUUAUCACAAACGCGACAGGCCUCGCUUCUUUCUUCGUUUUUAACGGCUCUUACAAGGGGUGGUCCAUCAGGUCUGCCCCGCCCCAUUGAACUACAUGCACAUGACCCCAUGCGUUAUAUUGGUGAUAUGCUUGCUUGGGUGCACCAAGCCAUAGCAGCCGAGAGGGAAUUCUUUGAAAGUCUCUUUGGGUUAAAGGCUGAUGGGCGAAUGGUUGGCAGCGUGCGGCAGUUUGACGAGAAAAGCGAAGAGGAAGAUUGGAUUCGUGAGCUUAUGGAUCUGGCCGUCGGGAAACUUUGUGUGCCUUUGAAAGUUCGCGUGCAACAGACAGUUAGAUCACAAGAAAGCAGCAUAGUGUCGUACAAGAUUGCGAACCUGCUGCAAUUCUACUUGGUCACGAUGCGUCGUACAAUUGGUACAGACGCUAUUUUGUCAAAGACACUGCAGGAAAUCACUGAAGUUGCAUACAAAGUUUUCUUUGACGCCGUAGAAGCGUUAGGCAGAUCCCUUCUCCGAGUACCUCUUGAUAACAGCGAUCUCUCCUUAACACCCCCAAUACCCAUAAUUGAACACGCACAGGUUCUCCGAGAAAUCAUGAAUGUCUACCAGUCAUCUCUAUUAGGAAACGAAGACGAAGAAAAACUUAUUUCAGGAUUUGAGCACGUAUUGGACAUCAUGGUGGAUCCUGCCAUUGAGAUGUGCACUAAUUCUGCUGAAGCUAAAGCCAGAGCAGUAUCAAGAUGGGAUAUGUCGGUCUUUGUUCUGAAUUGCUUAAGCUAUUUAUUGAGUGUCCUCGAACCAUUUGCAUUCACCGUAAAUAAGCAGAAAGCACUUCAAACAGUAAUGAACGAGCGUGUAGCCCUCCUUACGGACGAGCACUAUCGUGAUAUCAUGGUCGACGCUGGGCUGUACGACAUAAUAACCGUUUGCGAUAAAUGGGAUCGCAGUGAACCAUUAUCAUAUAUUCCGACUAUCCGCCCACAAGAAUUGAAAACGGCUCUCCAAAGAUUCUCCGUUUGGCUCUCGGGCCUCGAAGUUGUCCAGUCGCAACGAUUGUCCCACUUAAUUGUGCAGCGCCUGCAUACUACAAUUCAUCAGGCAGCCCUAGAAAGAAUGGCACAAGGGUACAAGGUUAUCUGCGAUGAAGUGAGGAAACCGGAAAAUAAAUACGAGGCCGCUUCAACGCUUCUAGGCAGCGAAAGGCCGUUCGGUCAGGUUCACUUGUUGUGGCAAAUCUUUGGUUUGGAAGAGAAGGACUAGUUUAGGAUAUCUAUAUACGUUUUCAUCUUGGUCCUAUAAGAAUGCUGCUGCCAUCCUCGACCUGAGCGGCGAGAGGUUCACUGUUGACAAGGAUAUGGCCAUCCCGUGUAUCCGACAGUUGAAGAGGCUUCGCUAUAGAAUAAGUACGUGUAUAUUCCUGUUGGGGAAUAUUGACCGACUGACAGAAGUAGAUAUUUUCAUUUGAGUAGCUAGCAAAUCUAGCGCUUUCCCGGUCACGAUAGACUGAAAAGAGAACGAAUGAGCAAUCAGAUAAUAUUCAUAUAUGAUC